CGGUGACACCACAUCCACGGGGCUGGUGCUGCCAUCUCAACCAACCUUCAUGGCACUGCCACAGCAGCAGGGCCAGGGAUGAUGGGAUGGGGAGGAUGGAUCUGGGGUUGCUUGGUUGGCAGUGUUGCCUCAGGGGUGAAGCUGUGGGGCAGCAGCUCCAGCUGGGAAGCUGUCUGGGGAGUGGGGUGGGAAGCAGACCCAGGAUUUUCCUCGACUCUGUUUAAACCUAGCAGGGAAGCAGCUGAGGCAGGGGUUAACCUGCCCUGCAACCUGUGCUCCUCACAGCCCAGGUGUCCAGCAGCAACAACAAAGAUUAACAGUAUUUUCACGGUUCCCUGCUCCAGGAACCCUCUUAACCCAAGGCUUGGGAGGCACUUGUACCAGCAGGGUGGAGCAGCUGGAGCCACAUGUGGUCACCCUGGGCCAUCCAAGGGGGCUUCACGGGCACUUCUGCAGCAUCUGCGUCAGUUUUCCCCGUGGAGCUUCUGACCUAUGACCUGCCCUGUGAAUUUUGUCAAGCCCCUUUAAGCUAAGUUGAUGACAGAGAUGGAAUAUAGGUGUAAAAAUAGUUUCUUAGUAGCUGACCUGUGUGCAGGGAUUUUUCCUGGCCACCGCCACCGCGGGAGCCCCGUGACCCAUCGGUGGGGGGACCCUGCAAGGGAAGAGGGUGGCAGCCAAGCAGUGAGGAGACGGCUCUGCGGGAACUCGGCAACGGCGGGAGCUGCUGGGGCCGAGGGACAGAGGGGAUAGCCCAGCUGAGCAGGACCUGACCCCAUGGGCUCCCGGCACUUCCCUGCCCGGACCGUGCUCUUUGAGAGGGAAUCCAACGGCGUCACGUACCGUGUGCCUGCCCUGCUCUACCUGCCCUGCGUGGCCAAGCUGCUGGCAUUCGCCGAGGAGCGGCUCAGCGCCGACGAUGCCCACGCCAACCUGCUGGUGCUGCGCCGCGGCACCAUCUACGGCAGCUACGUGGAGUGGGAAGACAUGCGUGUGUUGGAGACGGCGACUCUGCAGCACCACCGGUCAAUGAACCCCUGCCCGCUCUACGAUGAAUUCACGGGCACCCUCUUCCUCUUCUUCAUCACGGUGCUGGGCAGGACGCCCGAAGCCUACCAGAUUGUCACUGGCCAGAACGUCACCCGCCUCUGCUGUGUCACCAGCGCCGACCAGGGCCUGAGCUGGAGCGCGGCCACAGACCUGACACAGCAGGUCAUUGGCGCAGCCAUCAAAGACUGGGCGACGUUCGCGCUGGGCCCUGGGCAUGGGAUCCAGCUGCGCUCCGGCCGGCUGCUGGUGCCUGCCUACAGCUACCACAUCGACUGCAAGGAGUGCUUCGGGCAGCUCUGCAAGACCACCCCGCACUCCUUUGCCUUCUACAGCGAUGACCACGGCCGCGGCUGGCGCUUCGGGGAGUUCAUCCCCAACCUGCAGACGGGUGAGUGCCAGCUGGUCUCGGUGGAUGAGGAGGAUGGAUCCAACGUCCUGUACUGCAACGCCCGCAGCCCCUUGGGCUUCAGGGUCCAGGCGCUCAGCACGGAUGACGGGGCCGUCUUCCACAGGGGACAGCUGGUCCAGCGGCUGGUCGAGCCCCCCCAUGGCUGUCACGGCAGUGUCAUCGGCUUCCCAGCACCAUUUGUGUAUGUCCCCACCACCUCCAAGGACUCUGUGUUGCCCCUCAGGGGCUCAGCUCAACGGCUGCUCCCCAGGAUGUGCCGGGGGUUUCGGUACCUGCCCACCUGGAAGGCAGUGGAUGAUGAGCUGCCCACUGUGGCCACUGGCAGCCACCAUGAGGCAGACGAGCUUGAUGAGGACUGUCCUACCCCAGGGCAUCACCAGCAAGCCCACAGUGUCACCGUGGCCCAGGGGGACCCUGCAGCAACCCCCAGCCCCACUCCCUUCUUCCAAGCGCCGACCUGGAUCCUCUACUCCCACCCCACCAGCCCCAUGUCGCGGGUCAACAUGGGGGUUCACCUGAGCACCUUCCCCAGGGAUGCAGAGAGCUGGACAGAGCCCUGGGUCAUCUAUGAGGGUCCAAGCGCUUACUCAGACCUGGCUUACAUGGAGCUGCCCUACACGGAGGCCCCCGUGGCCGGUGGCACGGCCAUCGCCUUCGCCUGCCUGUACGAGAACGGGACGAAGUCCCCGUACGAGCAGAUCUCCUUCAGCAUGUUCACGCUGCACGACGUGCUCCAGAAUAUCCCCGUGACAGCCACUGCUCCCCGCCAGCGCCGCCGCCCCCGGCGCCACGGGAAGCGGGGCCGAAGGAGCUGCCUCCUAUCCUAGUGAUCCCCCGGGUCAGCUCCUCCCACCCCUCUAGUGCCGGAUCCCGGGACAUCAACCCGUAGCCUGGGGUCCCGCCCCGCGUCCAGCACGGCCACGUCACGCAGAGCAGUGUUACCGUCUCCAGGCCGGAUUUGA